AUGACGAAACUACCCUUCUCCGUUUUCAUUUCCAUCCUCACCGUCUUCUUCACCGUCCCAUUUUCCCAUGCACUCGGCUCCGGCGCCACUCUCGCCGUCAGCUACCCCUCCGGCGCCGUCUGCGGCCUGGUCUCCGGCCAACCCACGCAGCGCAUAGUCUGCUACCUCCGAGGCCAAACCAUCAACGUCGAGCCCAACAUCUCCUUCUCGUCAAUCUCCGGCGGCCGGACCUCUCUCUGCGGCCUCCGCUCCGGCGGCUACGCCCUCCUCUGUUACGACAAUCUCCUCUCUCAAAACUCAACCUUUACUUCGAAAAGAGUCUACUUUAACGAAACCGGUGAGCUCGAAAACAUAUCAGUCGGAGAAAACCAUUUUUGCGCCAGCGUGGCAGGCUCCGGCGCCGUGAAAUGUUGGCGAGGAGAUACCAGAACGUUUCCACUUCCAUCUGGGUCGGACCAAUUCGGGUCCAUCUCAUCUGGGUCGGGCUUCUCUUGUGGAAUCACCAAGAACAGUUCAAGGGUCCGGUGCUGGGGGACUAGUACUUCCAUGGCCGCCGAGAUUGAAAACGGCUUCGGAGAAACGGCAAUGGCGACUAUCCAAGCUGGUGGUUCUCACGUGUGUGGAGUCAACGUUACUGGGUCAAUAAUCUGCAGAGGCAACAACGACUCUGGUCAAUUAAAUGCACCGCCGGGAAGUUAUUCCGGCUUGGCUCUCGGAGAUAACCACAGCUGUGCUAUUAGAAUUUCAAACCAGUCUGUGAUUUGCUGGGGCGGCAGAGGAGGAGAGUUCAGGUCUAAUGUGACUGCAGCGACGUCGUUUCAGGUGAUCGUUUCAGGGUCUAAUUUCACUUGUGGAUUAACCUCGAGUAACUUUUCGAUUAUAUGUUGGGGAGUUGGUUGGCCUAGUUCAGAGGUUGAAGGUGAGCUUGGGUUGCCGGAGAUUCUUCCAGGUCGUUGUGUACAGUCGUCUUGUAGUGAAUGUGGUAUUUAUCCUCAGUCUCAGAAGCUCUGUUAUGGCUCUGGGAACAUUUGUAAUCCUUGUCCGAUUUUGGUGCCGACAUCACCGCCGUCUCCGGCGGUGAAACCGCCGGCGGAUUCUCCAUCCGGGGGUUUAAAGACGGGGUUGUUAGUGUUCUGCAUUGUGGGUUCUAUUGGAGGGUUUGCGGGGAUUUGUACUGUGAUUUAUUGUUUGUGGAGGGGUGGUUGUUUUGGGCACAAGAAAGUUCAUAAUUCAGUUCAGCCUACUAUUACUAGAGGUGGAGGUGGUAGUUCCAACAAUGGGAAUAUGUCAAACAACAGCCCUCCUUCAAGAUCAGCUACUAUUAGGCGGCAGGGCUCGAGGAUCAUGAGGAGGCAGAGGAGUGGGACUUCGUCAAAUAAGCACACUGAGAGGGCUGAGGAGUUUUCACUGGCUGAGCUUGCAGCGGCUACUAAUGGUUUUGCAUUGGAGAACAAGAUUGGCGCAGGGAGCUUUGGAGUGGUGUACAGAGGGAAAUUGGAUGACGGGCGCGAGGUUGCUAUUAAGAGAGGGGAAACUACAACCAAGAUGAAGAAGUAUCAAGAGAAAGAGAGUGCUUUUGAUUCAGAGUUGGCGUUCUUGUCGAGGCUUCAUCACAAGCAUUUGGUUAGGCUUGUUGGGUAUUGUGAGGAGAAGGAGGAGAGGUUGUUGGUUUAUGAGUACAUGAAGAAUGGUGCGCUCUAUGAUCAUUUACAUGACAAGAACAAUGUCGAGAGGAGUAGUAGUUUGAUUAAUUCGUGGAAAAUGAGGAUCAAGGUGGCUUUAGAUGCUGCAAGAGGCAUUGAGUAUCUCCACAACUAUGCAGUCCCUCCUAUAAUUCACAGAGAUAUAAAGUCCUCCAACAUUCUGAUCGAUGGUAAUUGGACUGGAAGAGUAUCAGAUUUCGGAUUAUCACUAUUGGGUCCGGAACAUGGCAGGGACUAUAGGCCAAUGAAGGCAGCUGGAACCGUUGGCUACAUUGAUCCAGAGUACUAUGGUUUAAACUUAUUAACAGCAAAGAGUGAUGUGUAUGGCCUUGGUGUGGUGUUGUUAGAGCUUUUGACAGGAAAAAGAGCAAUCUUUAGGAACAGUGAAGACGGAGGAACACCCACCAGUGUUGUGGACUACACCGUGCCGCAGAUCAUGGCCGGAGAGUUAGAGAAGGUUUUGGACCCAAGGGUUGGACCUCCGGAAAUCAAUGAAGCAGAGGCGGUUGAGUUGGUGGCGUAUACUGCAAUGCAUUGUGUGAACUUGGAAGGUAAAGAUAGACCAACCAUGACUGACAUUGUGGCCAAUUUGGAGCGAGCUUUAAGUCUCUGCGAGGAAAGCCCUGUUGGCAGCAUAUCUAGCGGCUCAAUCAUCUCUGCCGAGUAGUAGAUGAGUGUAAUGUCCUUCCCCAAAACCAAAAAGCCAAACACAGGAAUAUUUUUUGUUCAAUUAUUUUCAUUUAUUUUUCCUAUGAAAUAGCACCUUUUGGUUUUGGGGUGUAAAGAUUUAGAGUUCCCUGUCUAACAUUGAGCAGUAGUGUAGGAUUUCCUGUGCAAUGACAGCUUCAAACAAACAUGAAUUGCAGUGUUGGUUGUCCAUUGGGGGUUCAAAUUCUCUUCUUCUUCAUCAACGUGCUUUAUAAAAUGACAAAUUAGGAACGU